AUGGAUAAAUUUCUCAAAAGAUCGCAGCCUUCAACAUCUGGUACGAGUGUCAAUAGCGGUGGUGGUGAAUCAGACCCGAAAAAAAAUAGACAUUACGAUGACAGUUGUUUGAAAUACGGGUUCACAGUCAUAAAUAAUAAAUCUCAAUGUGUAAUUUGCGGCGAUGUUUUAUCACGUGAGAGUAUGAAACCGUCAAAGCUUAUGCGGUAUCUCACAACCAAGCAUCAACAAGAAGCUGAUAAGCCGUUGGAUUUCUUUGAACGAAAGUUGAAAACUCUUAGUCAGCAGCAAAAUAAUAUAAUUCAGGCAUCCAGUGUCAACGAGUCAACAUUAUUAGCUAGCUACAAAGUCGCAUAUCGAGUUGCUAAAGCAGGCAAACCACAUACAAUUUCCGAAAAUCUUAUUUUGCCCAGCAGCACUUGA